AUGGGGAUUUGUGGUACGGACAUACAAGACUUUGGUUAUUGGUGGGAAGGCAAGGUGCAAAGUGAGAGGAUGCAUAUUGUAUACCUUCAGGAAAGAAUGGGUUUAUCCACGACGAGUAGCUGUGGGUUAGGGAUCUUAUUGUGGUCAGAGACUCUUCGAGUGAAUAAGUGCUUCCCUAAUCUUCAAGUUCUUAACUUGAUAAGUGUUAGUGGAUUUAAACAACCCAAGAUCCACCCAUCAUAUGUAACUGUAAUUGCACCCAACCUUAUUACCCUCGAACUCGAAUUUGAAUGCAGGUUUAUAUUGUCCAAUUCACUUUAUGUUGAAGCUCUUAAGUUGUCUCACUUCCAUCUUCUCAUUGAUCGUAUUGAGGGCGAAAUCACAAUCAAAAAUUCUGAGAAUUUGAAAACACUAUUUCUCAGUUCUUCAAACAUUCGCUCCUUACUUAUUAAGUUUCCGUUUACAGAAACAAUGGAGAAUUUGUCAUUGGAUAGAUAUUCAGGUAUACAUGAAUUUCGAGAUUUGAAAUUUAGCCUUAAGGAUUUGUUCUGUGUUUUCCUUAACGUGACUUCUUUAUGCUUUAAGUCAAGUGCUUGGUCGGAUUUUAAGUUGUGGUAUGGCACUUGGGAUGGGAUGAAAGCAUUGAAAACAUUUCGUGGGUAUCUGAUGACAGUUGACCUUUCGUUGACUCCAUGCUUGGCUUGUGUGAUGGACCAAUGUAUCAACUUGGUAGAUGUCUCUUUAUUUUUCCACCGUGGUGAUGUAUCGAGAGGUUUCAUUGACAGGUGCAUGGCUCGCUGGCCUAAAGUGAAGUGGAGAUGGGGGAUGUGGGAGGAAGAAAUGGAAGCUGUUUGGAUCACUGAUGAUCAACUACCUAAGAAACGCUAG